AGAGCUGGGAAAGAGGAGUUUAUUAUUGAGGCGCAGGAGUCUGGCCUUGAAGGUGGUUCCUCACCGCUUCCCUAGCGGGAAUUACCUGAGUCCUCCUCCCACAGGAUCCUCUGACCGCAGAGUUUGGAGUGCUAGGAGCCUGGAGCCUCAGCUGCUGGGGAGCCUUGUGCGGCAGGAGGUACUCGAGGCCGCUUAAGGGAAGGAGCCGAACCUCUGGCGGAAGGGAAUAUACGGCGGCACGCAGUCUGGGACUAUGACGUCGACCAAGUUAAGAUUGGCUUGGGCAAAAGAAUCCAAAGACCCUAGGAUCUCAGAAGGUCAACGGUCUCCUCUAGAGAAAAGGAUCCUGAGGUUUGGUGGUGUGCAUACAACAGCAGCGAGACACUUGCUAACUCAGAAGUACCAUGAGGAGAGCAAAGCACUCUGCAAGGAGCAAGCUCAUUCUCUUGACUACUGGCUUGCAAAAGCAGAGUCAUAUUAUAAUAAAAGAAUAGUUGACAUGAUGAAAAAAGACACAGGUGGUGAAACAAAGACAAAAGUGGAAGAGGAGCCACCACCACCACCACCACCACCACCACCACGUACAGAGAAACAGAAGCAACAUUAUUGGGUACCUGAGAGAGAGAAGAAGCAAAUAGAAAGGCACAUCCAUAGAACAAGCCAGGCCAGAGAAUUUAAGGACAAACCCUGGAAACAGACACAACUCCUCAGUGAAAUAACACUACCCAAAAUUAUGCUAGAGAGGCAGAGCAUCCCAAAGGCUCAGAAAAUAAGACAGGCACAUGAGAGAGAACUGCUCCAAAUUAAAGAUCAUCGGGAGCGAAUGAUUCGAGGAAGGGAACUUCUACAACAAAGGCUCAAAGAAAGAACCUUGAGAAAAAGCCUGAGCCAGAUCCCACUUCCUGAGAAGCAUGAUCAAGUAAAGAAACAGAGUAAAGAGUUUGAGAGGGUAGUUGCAUACCCACUUUUCCAGCCAUCCAGUACCAGUCGAAUUAAAGUGGAUAUUCUUAUGGAAAAAUCUCAGGACGAAGAGGACUUGAGCACAAUCAUAAGACCUUUUGGAAGGAGAUUCUUAGCUGUACCACCUUUUCUGAGAACACAAAUAGGAAAAAUAAAGAAUCCAUAAAGUUUCAGAGCUUUGCUGGCAGAA